CAAUUACGUUCUUGUUGAACGAUAGCGCGCCAUUGCUAAUUUUUAUACCGUGGUAAUGGCGGGAGAUUGCGUUGAGCAAUAGGAGUCAAUACGAACUCAUUCGUGUUCGUACUUGCCCGGUAUUUGUUACCAUCUUUUCGUCAUUAUUCGUUCAAACUUCUCCUUGGCAAAAUGAGCACACAGCUAUCGUCUGGAGCCUUAGAGGCAAUAAAUGACGGACAGCAGAUUGACAAGCCAGUGUUUCAGCUUUUGGCGCUGAAGAAGCUGAACCCUGCUGCUUCCACCAACACUACUGUUGACCGCUACAGAAUAAUGCUGUCAGACGGCGUCCAUAACAACACAGCCAUGUUGGCCGUACAGCUGAAUCAGAUGGUGGCCGACGGUCAGCUAGAGCCAAACACGGUGAUCUGUCUGGACCGUUAUGUCUGCAACAAGCUAGCCGGAAACAGACGUGUGGUGAUCAUCCUGGAGCUGACUGUCGUAGCACCGGGAAGCCAGGUUGGUGGGAAGAUCGGCAAUCCCAUCGCCCUCCCCCUGGGGGGUGGGGGCGGCAGCAACGGGCAGCAAGCACCGGCGCUGCAGCACACACCACAGCAACCAAUGAGAGCUGGAGCAUCACCAAUGGGGGUUGCCAAGGCCAACAGUUUCCCCGGCGCCGGUGGUAGCUUCAACAAGCAGGGUAACUAUGGAGGCGCGGGGCCUUCCACUGGCAUGAUGAGCCCGCCCAAACAAGCCCAGCCAAUCAGCAGCCUGACGCCAUAUCAGAACAGAUGGACCAUCAAGGCUCGCGUUUCCAACAAAUCCUCCGUCCGCACCUGGAGCAACUCCCGCGGCGAGGGCAAGCUGUUCUCCAUGGACCUGUGCGAUCAGUCCGGCGAGAUCCGAGCCACGGCCUUCAAGGAACAGUGCGACAAGUUCUACGACUUGAUUGAAGUCGGAAAGGUUUACUUCAUUUCCCGCGGCACCCUGAAGACAGCCAACCGCCAGUACACGUCCAUCACCAACGACUACGAGAUGACCUUCAACAACGACACAACGAUGGUUCCUUGCGAGGAGGAAGACGACUCCAUUCCCACAAUGCAGUUUGACUUCCGGACCAUCGGCCAGCUGGAAGACAUGAACAAAGACGCCAUUUUGGAUUCAACAGACCAAGACACAGUUGCUAAUCCCUCAACUACUACUGCUAAGCCAACUGCAACGGUAACCCCUGUCGCUGUUCUAGCACCAGCAACCUCAAACCCAGCUACCCCCGUUGCUGUCUUAACACCAACAACCUCAAGCCGGACACCAGGUCCUCAGAUGCAACCACAAGUCCAAGCCCACCAGGUGGCUUUCAUCAGACCCAUGUCUGAGGGGGUCGGCCCAAAUCAGCAAAUGCUCCCUGGGUAUCCUGUUUUCACCUCACAACGGGCCCCUGGACCGGGUGUGUUCCAACAGACGUUUGCAUUCCGUGGAUCUGCCCCCCCGGUGAUACGUUUUGUCCACCAUCACCCCGGCAUGCCGGGCCCGAGGGGUCCACCACCACCUCCAGGUACACCCACGACACCAUCGUCCGUGACUGGCACUGCAUCGGAAACAACCACCACAUCCACUGUAGCUGGCCCGGGUCAGGCAUUUCAUAUCCAUUUCCAUCAUCGUCCUGGAUACCCCCCACAACCUGUGAUUCGUUUAGUUCAGGAUGGGCCCCCUCCCCCACCAGGGGUCCACAGAUGCUCCCAUGCCCACGAUGGACAGCCAGUGUUUAGAACCCCAACACCAGCCACUACAGCACAAUCCACGCCAGCUCCACCCACCAGAACUCGCAUCUCAACACAGUCCCCAAAUCCACCUGUAGUACCAGCUCCAGUUGCAGCAGCAGUGGCAUCUGCGGCAUCGGCUGCAGCAGCAGCAACACCAUCUCCUCAAGGAGCCCAGCAAACAACAUCAGGUCAGAGUCAAGUCCUCCCCCAAAGGACGUCAGGACCACAAGAUGACAAGCCAGAUGACAAGCCAGAACUGGCUGAGUUGGCACAACGUAUCCGAAACAUCUCAGCUGACGUUAAGACCAUCAAACCAGGCAGUAGGGGAGUACCCCUGGAUCCCAGAGAGAGGCAGCGGAGAGAGGCUGCCGAGGCCAGCAGUGCCAGAAGGAAGGAAAUUAAGGCCAAGAGCAAGACCCAUCAAGCAGAUGACGCUGCAACAGACUCUCAAAGUGCCAAGGAACCUGAAUCCACUGACUUACCUGCACCUGAUGCUGAAGCUUCAGAGAUUAGCAGCAGCAGCAACGAUUCUAAUCGACGACGUAAACGGCGCAAGCGAGGCAAGCAACAAUUGCAAAUCCCUGAUGAAUCCCAGCAGAACAGUAUUUCGGAAUCUUCUGUCAAAGAUGCCAAGACCAACUCUGAUCCAGAAAAGGAAGAGUCCAUACUGGGAGACAAGACUCAGCCAGAAGUUGAUACCAAGUUGGUACCCAGCUCCAAACCUGUUGAUGAAGAAAAUCCUGCAUGUGCUUCAGAUGAUGGUACCAGCUCAGAAUCUGAUAGUGAAGAGGUAAAAACUCUUGAUGAAAACUCAAGGGCUAGCCCUGAACCAGCCUGUCCCAUUGUUGAUAGGUCCAUCUCACCCUCCUUUGCUGAAAACACAGUCUGUACCCAGCUCAGCUCUCAACCUAGCAAUGCACUCAAAGACAGUGCCGCUGCUUCAAACACUGAACAAAUGACAGAUUCAAAUGUUAGACAACAGUCAUCACCUGAAGCUAGUGGGGACCAUGUAUCAAUUGAGCACUCAACUAAACAGCUCACAACUAGCAUUACUAAAAAACAGGAAGCCUUGGCCCCUGGCUCUAAUCAUGCUCCUGAUGCCCAAGUAGAUCCACCGGCCAGUUCUGAGGAACCUUCUGGAAGCAGGUCUCAAUCUGAUCCAAUUGCUCAUCCUUCAAAGGAAAACGACCUGGAAGAAACAGCUGCCAUUGUGCCAAUUCAGGAAACCAUUCAAGAUGGAAACACCAGUGUUGAAAUCAAACCUGAGCUGGGCAUAAAUCACAGCUCAGAUAAUGAAAAACGACAGGCCUCUGAAUGUGGUCCUGGAUCAGAUACAGCUGUCUUGGCUCCCAAUGUGACAUCAUCCAUAGAUACACAGUCUGAAGCAACUGUUGAAAUCUUAGAAAUAACUAAGAGUUUAGAGUCUGGUGAUGUUUCACAGAAAAGCAUAAAACCUAAAGCAAAAUCAAACAAAAAGACAAGUGCUGUGUCUAAAAAUGUAUCCACUAAGGACACUGAUGGAGUCCCUAGCUCUCAACUAGACCCAGUAGGUGCGACUUUGACUCAAAGACCAUCACAAGGCCCACAAGUUGAGCCAUUAUUGACUCCAUCUUCAGAACAGCACAGUCAACAGGAUAAUAAUGCUGAACUGCAAAGAGAUCAUCUCAAAUUGGAGCGCAAGCAGCUUGCUCUUGACCGCCACCGUCUAGACUGCGAACGGCAGAAUCUCCUGCUCAAAGAAGAGAGACUGCAGAUCGAGCAAGAUCGUUUUCAGACUGAGCGGGAAAGACUGGAGGCCCUGCAGGAACAGGUGAGGCUACAGCGAGACCAACUUGAACUGGAUAGAAACCGUCUUGAUCUGGAGCGGGACCAUCUCGAGGUCAAUCGAGAACGUCUCCAAGUCGAACGCCACCGCCUCCAAGGAGAGGAGCAGCGCGGUGAGGACUCCAAGAUGGUUCUUCAGAGCUUGCAGGAGAUCAGUCAGACUCUCCAGAUGUCCGUCAAUCUCUCUCUCCAGGGGUAUGGCUUCCCAAUGUCCUACGAGACAGCUGAAGGAAGUGCUAAUGAGUACAUGCAGCAGCAGAGCUUUUUGGAAGUCGAACCACAAGGGGCAUGGCCUGUUGAAGACACAAACAUCCCUGGAGAAGGUGCUGUAGGUGGAGGUACAUUCAACUCGGAUGAAGAAAUUCCCGAAGACUCGGGAGAUGAGUGGACAGUUGUGGGUAGGACGCGAACAUCAUCACAUCAGCAUGAUAGUUUGCAUUCAGGCGUCCAGGAUUGGUCCACACCAGAAGGUUCUAUAGCGUCUCAAGGAACCGCUGAUACCUUGGCACAAGGUGGUUGGCCCCCCGAGCCGGCCGCACCAAGUCCAGAAAUGCCUCCUGAUGCUUCAACACAUCAAGUGCAACACUUAGUAAAAACUGAAUGCUCCAAAGAACCUAGUGGGGACUUCAAGGGUAAAAAGCCUGGCAUGGCGCAGAAGUCAGGUGAAGGUCGGAGUUUGUCACCUGUACAUGGACUGAGCAGCAUACAAGGGAGACAGGGAACUAGGCAAAAUCCAAAUCGGAGAGAGUACAGACAAGGACGGCCGGAUAGUCGAAGGGGGCGCGAUAGAAAGCAUUGGAAGCAGCAUGAGCCAAAAACGGAUCCUAAAAAGUGAAAGAAUCCUCAUAAGAUCAAAGUCAGCAGUGAAGUUUAGGCCC